GUGAUGAAAACAUGGCCGAGCGUCCAAGCUGUUCGUUGUUGCAGUCUGCCAUUAAUAAAUGUUACUGAAGGCUACACGCUGUCAUACGUCUUGUCUUGAUGCUAUCACGCAAGUCGAGAAUUGGAACUAGACUGAACGGAAUGUACACGGACCAACCCUGUUUACCUCCCGAGAACAAAAGCUGAAAUUUCGAAGGAGCCGUGAACGCAGCACAAGCAGGUGCUGAAACGAGCGAACGCCCAAAGACAUACAACACUUUUCCUUGGCCUUUGGACGUUCAUUUUGGGCAGUGAGAGGUUGUUGUCAACAUGAGUCCACCUGUCCGCAUCAUCGUAGUCGGAGCAGGCUGCCGAGGGAGCAUUUACUCCCGCUAUGCAAUCAUCCACCCGGACCGUGUGCAGGUCGUUGGAGUCGCUGAUCCCAGCAAGUUUGCCCGCACCAAGUUCCGACAACUGUACAACAUAGCAGACGAGAACCUGUGUGAAGACUGGCACACUUUCGUGCAAAGAGACAAGUGUGCAGACGCUGUUUUGAUUUGCACUCCCGACCAACUUCAUAAGGAGCCCGCAGUGGCCUUUGCAAAGAAAGGCUUCCAUAUUCUACUGGAGAAACCAAUGGCUACAAAUGUUGAGGACUGCUUGGAGAUCGUGAGGACGUGUUCUCAGAACGGCGUGAUGCUGUGCGUGGGUCAUGUACUACGGUAUCAUCCCUCCAUUUGCAAGAUAAAGGAGCUGUUAGACAGCGGCGUCAUUGGCGACGUGAUCCACAUUCAGCACUUGGAGCAGAUUGGUUCUAAUCACUUCGCUCACUCUUACGUCCGUGGAAACUGGAGAAAUGAAGCCGAAAGCUCUUGCUCUCUUCUGGCCAAAUCCUGUCAUGACAUAGACCUGAUCCAUCACUGGGCUGGAGGGCGCAAGUGUUUGAAAGUGACGUCGUUUGGAUUUGUCAGCCACUUUAGUAAAAAUCACAAGCCAACAGGGGCUGCCAAUCGCUGCCUGGACUGUUCAGUAGAAGACACCUGUCCUUACUCUGCUUGCAAAAUCUACCUGAACCCAGUGAAGCAGGGCUACACGGGCUGGCCGGUGUCCAUCAUAUGUGACAGUGCCGCCCCAGACAUCGAGACCGUAACCGAGGCUCUGAAGACUGGUCCGUAUGGCCGCUGUGUCUAUGAGUGUGACAACGACGUCUGCAGUAACCAGGUUGUCAACAUGGAGUUUGAAGGUGGUCUGACAGCAGCUUUUUCUAUGGUGGCUUUCACCGAGCAGCACUGCGUUCGAAGAACCACAAUCUAUGGCAGCAUGGGGGAGUUGUCGUUUUCAGACAACGAGGUUCGCGUCUUUGACUUUCUGACCCAGAAAACCAUCAAACAUGUGGCGGCGGUAAACGCCCAUGAGGAGUUUGGCCUGACUGGACACGGUGGAGCAGAUUACCUCCUGAUAGACUCUUUUAUUUCUGCUGUGACGAACAAUGACCCAUCCUUAAUAAUUUCUGAUGCUGAGGAGUCGCUGAAAAGCCACUUGCUGGUGUUUGAGGCGGAGCGUUCAAGACGAGAAGACCGGGUUAUUCAAUUGGACCAAUCUGGAUGAUCUCACCAAUCGGGUGGAAUAUUACUGCUUUACUCAUUACUUGGGAAUUUGUCGCAUGGGGGCUCUAAUAUUUUUAACACGAUAUUUUUAUAUACCGUAUUUUUCGGAGUAUAAGUCGCACCUGCCGAAAAUGCAUAAUAAAUAAGGAAAAAAACAUAUAUAAAUCGCACUGGCCAAACUAUGAAAAAAACUGCAACUUAUAGUCCGAAAAAUACGGUACCUUCACGCUGUGUGCAUUGUUCAGUCCCUCCAGGAUUUUACAGGCUUUUUUUGUUACUGCUAUUGUCGCAGCCUAAAAUAGCUUAUUUCGCAGCAGCUUUUUUCCAAAAGUUGCAACAUUUUGAGAAUUAUUUCAUUGCGUUAGUUUGGGAUUUUAUAAAUUUGCUAUCAAUGUUUUUUGUAACCAUAACCCUAAGCACAGGGUUUUGACGAAUCAAAACAAAAUAUGCUUCAUUGGCAUGGCUUUUACCCAGGGCUGCUCCUGUGUAGGGCCCCGCUAUUGGUAGGGGUCUUGUUUCGUGUGUGAAAAGUGAUGACAGUGCACUUUAUAUGAAAUUUUACCACACAUGUGUUUCUAACCCUUUCCUGCUCUGUUAAUAAGAAUAUAAUGGCUGGUCAUGUGUCAGGAAGACAUGCAAAUUCAUGUUUAAUUAUGUUAAAUUUGUUAUUUUGCACAAGUAUAAAAAUUGUUUCACAAAGGGAAAUUACAAAAUGUAAUUGGGGGAAUGUUCUCAGGAUCUUGCAAGCCUUUUUGAGAUGCUUGAUUCUGCAAUAGUUUUUACCAAAAAUUGCAAUG